AUGAGUGGCCAGUUUGUUGGUCCUGGAUGGAACAGUCAAACUCCCUUUAUGCAUGUGAAUUACGAACUCAACCUUGUCACCCUGCUCAAGGAAAUACAACCUUUUCUACUAGACGUCCUCAAGUACACCAAUCAACCACAUGAUGAACUCAGAGCAUCUUUUUUGGCGCAAGGUGAACAGAUCUCAGCGCUAAACCACAAGGUUAACUCAGUCAUGCAAAAGCUGCAGACUGCCAAGGAGAAAGCAACAAAAACCAAGAGCAUGAAUGCUGUAUACAACUUUGUGCACUCUGUUGAACAGAUUCUCUGCCGUCGCCUCAACAUUAAUGAACCCUGGUCUAUCACCAUCACUCAAGUGCUCAAGUCACAUAAGACCAACUGGCCUGCAGUGAAGACUGCUCUUAAGCACCUCCCAGACUCGGCAAUGCUGGACGAUCUCAAAGAAGAAGCUUAA